UUGUUUUGGAGAUACCCAAGUUGUGAUGUCAUUGUAAUAUAUCAAGGAAGUUUAUCAUCAAUAUAAAUACCGUCUACGAAAUAACAUAAGCAUAUCUUCAUCUUCGCGGCUAGACGCAUCAUCUGAAGUCAUGCUCAACUCCCGUUACCUCAAUGUUCUUCUCCUGAUUUGUCUUCUGACAAUUGGCCAAACAGAAUCCUGGUCACGAAGGCGCUCUUCACGUUCUAGAUCCAGAUCUAGCGGCUUGGGCAGGGCAUCAAGAGUUGCAGACACAAUAUUUACCAUGGCUGAUUUGGCACAAGUAUUCCGUGACAUGUUUAGAAGAGACAGAAAGCGAUCCGCUGAAAAUGCAAUACCUAAUAUAGAUAUAUGUAGAUUCACCACACUCGAUUUAAAUGACGACAACAACGUUACCAAGGAGGAAUUAGACACUCUGAUACAAAGCACGGGAUUACUGGAGCUGGAGGAAUUAUUUGAACAGCUCGAUCAAAACAAUGAUGAUAUCGUGACAAAGGAGGAGUACAUGGACUUGUAUGAAGAUGUAUGUGAUGGAGACCCGAAAGCAAACAACCAACAAAACGACAAACCAGACCUGAAGAAAGAUGAACAUACAGAAGACACAGUUUGAAAAUAGUUAGAGGAUUAGGAAACUUUUCAAAUAAUUUCUCUUAUCAGUAUAAUACGUUAGAGUAGCU